AUGUCUGUUAUCGGUUCCUUGAUCUUCUGCACCGACUGCGGUAACCUGCUGCGAGAGUCUACCGGAGAUGCGAAUGCGACUCUACACUGCAUGGUCUGCGGAGCCAGGAACAAGGACAUUGUCCCGGAAACCAUUGUCUCUGAAUCCAAGCCUGCAGCCUUCCCCUCCGCAUUGAGAGCCAAGCGAUCUGCAGUCCAGACCCUGUCCGCCGAGGACCGCAAAACAGAGGCCGUUGUGGACAAGAUUUGCGAGAGAUGUGGUCGCAAGGAAAUGUUCUACACAACCGUCCAGCUGCGCAGUGCAGACGAAGGAAGUACCGUGUUCUAUCGGUGUGUUUGCGGUUACAAGGAAACCUCAAACAACUGA